AUGUUUUUACAGAUUAAAAUGGACAUGACACACACAACUUAUUUCUUAUUCAUCUAGCAAAUCAAAUAAAACAGGUCAUUUCACAUUGGAAUGUAAUUCUCGGCUCCCAUUAACUUGAAAAGUAGGACUGUCUUUUUAAAACUAACAGUAAUAGCACUAUUAAGUGAUUUAUACCGUCACCUUUUAUCUAUGCAAUCCCCCCAAAAAACAUGGCUUCACACAAAACACCAAGUAAACAAAAUGUGUCAAUUAAUUAUUGGGAACAUGGGUUCUGCCCAUAUACAUUAUAAGCCAUUAUAAACCACUUUGAAAAGGAAAGAAAGAAGAGAGUUUCCAACUGUACUGGUUUUGGUUUUCCUUGGUAUCUCAAUGUUUUCAGUCAGUUAGUGAUUGAUUACUCUCAUUUAUUUUUUUACAUUAGAUGCUAGAAAAAACAGGUUAGAAAAAAAAGAAAAUUAGCCAAAUUAAAAGAUUAUUAGUAGUUUAUCAGUUUAUUUCCCCCCAGCCCAGGCCUUUAAUAUUUCAUUCCUGUCAAAAAAUUAAAUUAUCAAGUAUUUAUUUUCACCACCACAAAAAUACAAAAAACUACAUAGUAUACAUAAGAACACUAAUAUCAUUAAACAGUCCUACAUUAAAACUGGUACAGCUAAUCCAAUCUUGCAGAUUGGCUCAUGAUAUUAAUAAUAAUAAUAAUAAUAAUAAAUACACUAAGUGUUUUCCUCGUUAAAUGAAUCAUACAUGGUUGGUUUUAAAAAGCCAUCCUGCUCUAUAUCUCAGCAAUAAUGUAUUCUGUGUGUCAGACAGAGAGAGAUAUGGUGCAUGUGACGGUCGGGAAUGGAGAACAAAUGAGGAUGUAAGGAGGGUGGAAGGGGCUUCCACUGUCUGCCUCUCAUUGGCCAGGCAUGACGGCAUUCUCCCCCGAGGCUCCCUCUCCCCUCCUCCUUCCUCCCUCCAUCCUGCUCUCCUCUCCGCUCUCAUCACCCCUCCCUCCAUCUGUGUUCACCUCCCUCCCUCUCCUGCUUAGUCGCCAUCCACAUCACAACAGGAGCAUAAGCUAUAGCAUUAGCAUUCUGGACCUGGAGGAGAAAGCUUUUUGUUUUUGUUGUUUUUUUACAUUUUUUUCCCACUCCAUCUUUACCUCCAAUGGAUGCCUCUUUGGAGCGUCUUCUCUACCACAGUACUUCGUUCUCAGUCUAAUUUACCUCCGAUCCCUCUACCUCCGUCUUCUCCUCUUCUCUGUUGGAUGUAUAUGCAUUUCUCCAACACGCUACCUCUGUCCACCACCCAGGCCCCUGCAAUGGAGCCGCCCCUGCUAGCUGCUAGCUGUUAGCAAAACAAAGAGAAAGUGAGAGGUAGAGAGGAAGGCAGACAGAGUGAAAAAGAGACAGGAGGAUGGACAGGAAACACUGUGUGGUUUCUUUGCUUUGCCUCACCCCGGCUGCUGGUCAGGACCAUCACUCCUGGUAGACAACACUCAUCCUUUUAGCUUUUAUUAUUAAGAGGCAGAAGUGACUUUCCAUCUGAAGUAGCCGGCUUCCCAUUUGAAAGAGCUACUGACCGGAUGCCUGGAUGCUGCUGCUGCUGAUGGAAAUCAGCCGGAGGGACAGGCGCUGAAGUCCAUGCUGGAGCUGUUGACUGGACUGUGCUUUUACUGCUCUUUGUGGUUUGGAUCUGGUCAGACUCAGUGAAGAGGAAGAGCAAAGAUACAGAGAGGCUAUCGUGAUGCGCUCAGUUUUUCUACCUCUUCCCAAACUCCUCUUGUUUCACGCAUCACUGGCUUAAAUCUGACUCAGUCUAGCCUCCACUCAGCCAUAAACAAACACAAAUGCAUCAUCGGCUCCUGAAGGCAGAAAAGUGCUAUACUCCCAUGCGAACAGACCUCAUCUCGUCUGCUUCUGCCAUGUCGUCAGGACAGCCGGCUCUGGCUUAGACUCCUCAGAUAAAAGCAUUCAUACUGUAAUUUCUAGCCAUUAUACAAGAAAGCUAAAAUCCUGUCAGCUUUAUAACAGGUCCGCCCUACUGUUUGGGAACUGGGGUACAAAACGCACCAGGGGAUUUGAUGUGCCGAGCAUUGGGUCCACUCAGUUGUGAAGACUAAGGAAGAUUUUCUCUCUGUCUUUGAAGUCUAACAACGAAGGGUGGAGUACUUAUCCAUCGCUGCUGUUUGCCAGAGCGGCGGCCCACGUGUUGAGCAGCUUUGUUGCCAGGCAACGGCGUACUGGAUUGGAAUUGGUUGGGGGAGUUUGGCACAAGAGGAUGAAAGUGGGAAGUGUGACUGGAUUUCAAAGUGAGUCUGGCAGGUAGCUGGAAGACUCAGCAUUAUGCCGAAAGCAGUGUCGAUACGUCAUUUUCAGACUGGUAUUUUGUCACACCUUGUUGCCGUUACUGGGCUCUGACAGUGGUACAAGCUGAGUGGCCUCCACUGAUCUCUUGUCCACUUGUCCAAAUUCUGUGGUGCCUGGAUGAACUGGAUCAAUGUUAAUGUUGCAUGUCUUGGAUGCCCGGGCUGUCUCUGCUGAGUUGCUGUGUGUUGCUUCCUUCCUUGCUGGCGUCCUGAACAUUAGUCCAUUGUGACACUGCCUCAUGUGGCAUUAUCAACUUCUCUUCCCAGAAGGUCAGUCUCCUCGUUCACCAGGACUCAGCCAGUUUUUGGCUCUACAGUGACCUAAAGACGGAUCUCGACCCGUCCUCCAGCUCCAAGAAACCCACUGGGACAUUCGGACGACGCGCUGGAGUCAUCUGCCACCCUGGCCCCGGAGCGGGACCGCCCCUCUCCCUCACCCUGCCCCACCCCGCCACCUUCUCCUCCACCUUCUCCUCCGCCCAGUCCUCCCCCGGUACCUGCCUUGACCCCGCAUCUGCCCCUUCCAGCAAUGCGCAGGGCGUUGGAGGAUGGAGAUGGAAAGGCAGAGGAGAGGGCCCACGGCAGUCAGGCCUCGGCGGACUCAUACUGCAAGGUGAUGGGUCUCCUUGGAAUGGGACACCGGCUCUUCGUCCCAAAGCUGCUGGCGACGUCCAAAGAGGACCUCUUGCAGGCGGACUUUGAAGGGGCUCUCAAGUUCUUCAGAGUCCAGCUCCCGAAACGAUACAGAGCUGCAGAGAACGCCCGCAGGCUUAUGGAGCAGGCCUGCAACAUUAAGGUUCCAACCAAAAAGCUGAAGAAGUUUGAGAAGGAAUAUCAGACACUGAGAGAGAGCCAGCUGCAACAAGAAGACCCCAUCGACCGAUUCCAGAGGGAGAACCGUCGUCUUCAGGAGGCCAGCAUGCGACUGGAACAGGAGAACGAUGACUUGGCCCAUGAGCUGGUCACCAGCAAGAUUGCACUUCGGAACGACCUUGACCAGGCAGAAGACAAGGCCGAUGUUUUGAACAAAGAGCUGCUGAGCACAAAGCAGCGUCUGGUGGAGACGGAGGAGGAGAAGAGACGGCAGGAGGAGGAGACAGCUCAGCUGAAGGAAGUGUUCAGGAGGGAGCUCGAAAAAGCCGAGCUGGAGAUCAAGAAAACCACAGCGAUCAUAGCGGAAUACAAACAGAUCUGCUCCCAGCUGAGCACCCGGCUGGAAAAACAGCAGGCGGCAACAAAAGAAGAGCUGGACAUUGUCAGGAGUAAAGUAAUGGGCUGUGACCACUGUAGAGACCUGUUCACAACCCUGGGGUCCCUCCAGGCUUCGUCCCCCGGCAGGGACAAGACAUCCAACGAGCCGAUGGAUGAGGAGAAGGACGGACUGAAGGAGCAGCUGAGGCACCUGGAGCUGGAGCUGGCACAGACCAAACUGCAACUGGUGGAGGCCAAGUGCCGCAUUCAGGAGCUCGAGCACCAGCGGGGAGUCCUGAUGAACGAGAUCCAGGCGGCCAAGAACUCGUGGUUCAGCAAGACUCUGGGCUCCCUGAAGAGCUCUGCCUCCUCGUCCUCCAGCUCCACGUCCCAGACCCCGUCCUCUCCAAAGGAGGGCCCUGCUUAGACAACCCUCCCUCCAUCUUUUCUUCCGUGCACACGAGAGCUGAAGAAACAAGCAGCGGAGAAAUGCAGUAUUCUUUUUUCCAGCCGGCGGCUGAACGGAGCUCGCCAGCUUCUUGGACUGCAAAUAGCUGAAAAGAUGAGAGGAAACAGGCAGAAGACUGGACCUGCUGCUUGUUUUUCACUUAAUGUUUACGUUUGAGUGAACUAAACAAUGUCUGUUGACCUCCUUUGCUUGCCAGGUUAUGAGACCGGAGAGGGCUGAGGUUGUUGCUGACACUGUUUCUGUUGGGUUGUCAUUAUAAGAAAGCUGAAUUAACACACACAAUGGCAUGUAGGUGAAUAACAUAGCUCCACCUUGUGGCCAGACAUUGCUACUGCAGAGUUAUACUUGUUUUAUCUGUGUGAGAUUAGGUUUUAGGUCUUUUUUCAGUCUUACAAUUUGGACAAUAUUUUUAACGAUACAGCUACAGAUGCAGAGAUAUCAUAAGUUCACUGCGUAGAAAUAUAGCGAUCUACAGUAACCAUCUUCAGCGCAGCAAAGCCGCAGCAAAAGGAAUACUGCAUCGAGUCGUAAACAAGAACAACACAAAAAGUUGUAUUUCUUUACAGUAAUAUAACGUAAACAAUGUUGUCAUAUAAAUAUGUAUAACUAAUUAUUGAUUUUUGUAAUAAUCUUGUACAGUUCUUUAAAAGAAGAAAAAAACACAAGGAAAAGUUCUUUGUUAAACUUUUUUUUUACCGUUUGGAAUUUGAAUGUCAUCUCUCUAGAUGUUGACGUAAGCAGUGUGUGAUCGAGCCGGUCGAGUCCAAAUGCUAAAGUGACAGCCUGCAGAGAUCAUGUUAUUAAUGUGCUAAUUGUCUCUACUGUUUCUUCAGUUGUGGGUUGAACUGACUCGAGGUGUGUGAUACCACUCUUUUUAAAAAAAAAUCCCAUUUCAAGUAUUUAAUUGGCAUUUUUAUUUUUGUCACUACAUGUAUAUUUAUAACGCGCAGCCAUAUUUUGUAAACAGAAUGAGGCUCUUUUCCCUUUCUGUGCCUGUUCAGUCCUUUUUAUACUUUGAAUAGUUUAGUUGGAGUUAGUUUAACACAAUGGCACACAUAUUUAUAUAAUAUGUGAAGUCCCCCAAAAUGGUUAUGAAUGUACGGUUUUGAAAAUGUUUUUAAUUGCAUCCCUGUUAAUGUUGUUUUAAUGUGCACCAGAUGUCUCUGGUGGCUGCAAUAUAUAAGGCAUUAUAGUUGGAAAUACUGGGGCUUAGGAUGUUCUGGCAUUUAUUUAUCACAAUUGAGCAUCACAUUAAUCAUCUUGCUUAUUUAAUGCUCUGAAGAAAAAAAAACUUACAGGAAGUACUGGAAGUCUUCAUCCCUUCAUACAUGCUACGGUCAUAAAAUAUCAACUCUAGUUACCAGAGGCAGCACAUUAAAUAAGGGAACUCUAUAGUACAGUGUAUCAGUAUCAGUUACAUAGCACAAUUAAUCCCUAAAUAAACGCCUCGCAAAACAUUAAUAAGCAAGAUUAUGUUGGAAUAUUCUGCCAUCGUUGCCAAACAGUCCUAAGGCCAUUUGCACUGCUGUGCUAACACUUUUUUUGCUCUGUGUCUGGUUAAAACAACACUUUUUAAUUCCUUACACAGUGAAAACAGUAUGUGAUUACCGAAAUUUUUUGCAAGAUUGCAGUGUUGCUCAGUGCUAACACUUCAGUAUAAACCAGCCAACUAGUAAUACCCUGAAACUACAGUUGUACUGAAAUCAGGUCUAAAGCUGAAUAUUAAUAAGAGACACUGAAUUAUAUGCAGGUAAAUCUGGUGGUUUUGAAUGUCUCACUAUAGUUAUAUGUAACUUUGGAUUAUUAGCUAAAAAGAUAACCCUGACCACAUGAGCUUUAAGAUUUAGAAAAAAGGAAACACUUUUUACUUAUCUCAUUUUUUGUUGCUUAUAUCAGUAAUACUUUUUAUGACACUCAUUUCUAAAAUGCAUUAUAGAUAUACUUAGAAUGCAUUAUAAUCUGUUUAUACUAGCACUGUGUUAUAGUUUUUAGCACUCAUAGUUCUUCAUUAUGCUUUAUAUUCGCAAAAUAUUAUAAGGCAUUUUCAAAGGACUUAUAAGGCCAAGUAUCAUAAUACUGUAUUUCAUAAUGGCUGAUCACUGCAAGGAUUAUUUUGUUUAAGAUAAUUCUCAUAGUUCCAAUACAGUAUAAUCUGUAUAUUAUACUGUAAUUAUAAUCACUGUUAUAAUCUACAAUUAUAAUAUAUGUAAUGAUAGCAUUAUAAGUAUGUUUGUAAUGUAUUAUAAACAUGGGUAGUGUCAGUGUGUGACCAGAAUAAUGAUGAAUAAUUACUAAUAUUAUGAUACUUGACCCUAUAACUCAUUAUAUGCUUUAUAAUGCACUAUGAUUACCGUUAAAAAGCAUUAUGAUUAUUUAUGAAUGCUUUCAACUAUGAUAACACAGUGCUAUAAGGAGAUUCUAAUAUCUCCUUAUUAAUACCGAGACAUCCCUAUCUGUGUAUGUAUUUGUUCAACAAAAUUAUCUGUCUUAUCUUAUUGCAUUUUCUAACCUAAUGUUCAUUUGUAAUGCAAUUUAUGUGCAUUCAAAACACCAAAUUGUUCAAAAAUGAAUUGAUAAAGAGUAUUUCCAUAUCCUCACACAUUUAUUUUCUUUUUUUCCUCUCAAAAGCUUUGGAUAGAAAAAAUAACAUUCCAAUUCGGGUACAUCCCAAAUGUUUGUUUAUAAUGCAUUACAGUCACAGAAAGUGUUACCCUAAUAUCAGCAGUAAGUGUGAGGACCACAGAGAGUGAUUUAUGGACAUAAGGAUGAUUUUGCUGCCUGUGUAAUAAGUUGACCAACACAACAAUUAGCCAAAAAAGUCUGUUUAGCUUUAACAUGCAUGUUAGUGCUGAGAGCUGCAGUUUAGGUGCCAAACAUCCUGCUUUAUUAUCCUCUCUGGUUGUCACUGAAAUCAGCCAUUGGACUCUGACCAGGCUCGUGUGUACUUGUCCAUGUGUUUUUUUUUUUUUUUUUGUAUGUGUAUGUUCUGCACUGUAACUCAAGUGGUUGAAGUUGAAAUGGUUUCUUCUUCACGUGGCUGCCUUUUCUGUUGAUGACUGAAGCCGUUGGCUGUUGAGAGGAAAGCCAUGUGACAGUUUGAAAAAGUCUGAGAGCGUCAGCUGUGCCAUCAGAGCCUCCCCUCGGCACCGUCCCCCAGUGGUCUUCCUCUGAAUCGACCUGUCAUGUGACCUUAUUGACAGAUCUGCCGAGUGUCAUUUUCAGCAGCCUGUGUGACACGUUUCCAUCAGGAAACCCAGGAAGACCACUGGUCACUGGUGGCCACCGAGCAGCUCGACUGGAGGAAAUACAUCAAUAUCAUGGAGAAGGAGAAAAAGGACUGGCUGAAUAUAAUUGUAAUCCCAGGUGUGUUUUGCAUUUCCAGAACAUUCCUUCUUCACAAUCGUGCAUCUUUCUUGUUGGUCACACCUAAUGUGAUGGUUACAAAGUUGUACAACCAGUUUAUUGUAAACUGUGGCCAAAUUAGAGAGAGUUUCUCGUCUUUUAUGUGCAUUAACAUUGAUAUUUUAAACACUCAAAAGACGUGCGUUUGUUUGUUGGUUUGUUUGUUUGUUUGUUUAAAAGUUAUUCUGAGCACAGAGCAUAAUUAUUUUUUAACUGGUGAUUAUUGUCACUGAGAUGACGUUUUGUAAUCCAUGCUAAUUUAGUUAAUUUCAACGAUUCAAGAGCAGGAGGUGAGAUGGAUUGGAGGUGUGAGGUGUCGUUUACAGUUUGCUGUUACAAAGAGGAGCUGCUCCUCAACCGGUCCGACUCCAACACUGUUUGCUGUACAGUAACUGUCUGACCUGCAUUAAUAAAUCUCAGUUUUCCAGUUCA